AUGGUACGUGAACAGUACACUACAGCCACAGAAGGCACCCACAUAGAGAGGCCAGAGAACCAGUGUGUCUACAAAAUUGGCAUUUAUGGCUGGAGAAAGCGUUGCCUCUACUUAUUUGUUCUUCUUUUACUCAUCAUCCUUCUUGUGAAUUUUGCUCUUGCAAUUUGGAUUCUUAAAGUCAUGUGGUUUUCCCCAAUAGGAAUGGGUCACUUGCAUGUUACAAAAGAUGGGCUUCGCCUGGAAGGGGAAUCAGAAUUUUUAUUUCCAUUGUAUGCCAAAGAAAUUCGCUCCAGAGUGGACUCAUCUCUGCUUCUACAGUCUACUCAGAAUGUGACUGUAAAUGCACAGAACUCUGAAGGGGAGGUCACUGGGAGAUUAAAAGUGGGUCCCAAAAUGGUAGAAGUCCAGAGUCAACAGUUUCAGAUCAAUUCCAAAGGAGGCAAACCACUUUUUGCUGUUGAUGAAAGUGAAGUUGUGGUUGGUACAGAUAGGCUUCGAGUAACUGGGCCUGAAGGAGCUCUUUUUGAACAUUCAGUAGAAACACCCCUCGUAACAGCUGACCCAUUUCAGGAGUUGAGAUUAGAAUCUCCUACACGAAGUCUAAGCAUGGAUGCCCCAAAGGGGGUUCAUAUUAAAGCUCAUGCUGGGAAAGUCAAGGCCCUUUCUCAAAUGGACAUAAUUUUUCAUAGUUAUGAUGGAAUGCUUGUGCUUGAUACUGAAACUGUAUGUUUACCCAAGUUGGUUCAGGGGACUCAGGGUCCUGCUGGCAGCUCACAAAGACUCUAUGAAAUUUGUGUGUGUCCAGAUGGGAAGCUUUACCUGUCUGUGGCUGGUACAAGUACCACAUGUCAUGAACACAGUCACAUCUGUACCUAA